AGAAGCAGUUCUGCCAACGCCUCACCGCCAGAGAGCAUGUGGUGCUGCAUCCUACGAACACACACAGCGUCGCGGCUCCUUCUGGCCAUCGUGCUCCUGUCGGCCACUGUGGGGGUCACGGGGGAUGGCAGCUGCCAGGUGAGACUACUCUCCGAAGCCCCCUGCAUGGAUGGGGGUGAGUGUUCCUACCAGCUCGCCCUCCCUCCCCUCACUCUGCAGCUGCCUAAAGAACUCCACUUGGAGACGACAACAAAGGAACUGCAGAUACUGAGGACAACCGUGGACCAGCUGAGGAAUUCCUGCCAGGCCUGUGGACCACGGGCUGACCGGAGCAUGCAGGGAGACCAUGCAGAGGUGCCCAGCCCUGAAUCCGAGCAUGGAUGGCAGGGCCCCAGCGUGCAUGAGAUGCAGGCGAAAAUCAGCCGCAUGUCCAACAGCCUGAGGAAUGCCCGCAGCCAGAUCAGCUCUUUACAGGGCCGGCUGGAGGAACUUACCCUGCUCAACAUGGAGAAUGUGGAGGCCAUGAUGAACAGCAAGGUGCAGAACCUCACCGGAGCCCUUAAACAGCUCAGCUACUCGUGUUCCAGCCAGUGCUCCGCCCAAGCCUCACCCCAAUUCCUUGUAGCGCCGAGGGACUGCUCCGACUACAACGUGCCAGGAAGGAGGAACGGGCUGUACCGUGUGACUCCACACCCCAGGAAUGGCACCUUUGAGGUUCUGUGCGACAUGGAGUCCUACGGAGGAGGCUGGACCGUGCUGCAGCAGCGGCUUGACGGCAGCAUCAACUUCAACCGCACCUGGGACGCGUACAAGCGCGGAUUCGGCGACCCGCGCGGCGAGUUCUGGCUAGGCAACGACCGCAUCCACCUGCUGACCAAAGCCAAGGAUAUGGUUCUGCGGGUGGAGCUGGAGGACUUCGAAGGUGUGCGUGAGUACGCCAAAUACGAAAGGUUUUACGUGGCCGACGAGCUCCUCCGCUACCGCCUCUCUGUCAGCGGCUAUUCAGGCACGGCUGGGAACGCACUGCACUUCAGCAAGCUCUAUGACCAUGACCAGAAAUACUUCACUACUCCAGACAAGGACAACGAUAUGUAUCCCUCUGGAAACUGUGGGGCAUUCUACAGUUCUGGGUGGUGGUUUGAUGCCUGUAUGGCUGCAAAUCUCAAUGGGAAGUACUACAACAAGCCAUAUAAAGGGGUGCGCAAUGGAAUUUUCUGGGGAACGUGGCACAAUAUGUCCAAUGAGUAUUAUCCAACCAAUUACAGACAAUCUUUUAAGACUGUAAAAAUGAUGAUCAGGCCCAAAAAUUAUACACCAUAAGGUCAUCGAUGUUGUGAAGGGAGGUUUGAUCUUUCCUUGAUCUAUGUUGUGCAGUCGCCGAAAUGUUCACGUUACAGUUCUUGAUCUGGGAAAGUGGCUGAAGUUAUAGAGAAAAGUGCAUGCAUGCAAAAUGUGCAUUUUUAGAACAAUAAUAAGAUCCGAAAGAGACGAAGCUCCGGGAAAAUGGCGUAUAGCUGAAGUAGAGGCAUGGAAAAGUGCUUAAUAAUGACAGACUGACCUCAGCCUUCAUAUAUAUCAUGAUAAACACCGUUUGUGCAAUAGAGACUGAAAUGACUCUGGAAGGGCUUGGGAGAGAGGAAUUUCACUGUAGAAAAUAGAAUAGGCAAACAAUAAUCAUAUUCUAAAUGAAGUGAUGCCACACUCUUUACAAAAUUUGUGGUAGUAAAUGAGCUGUGAUCCUGACCAAGAUAAGUGGAGAAGAUGGACGGAUUAAUGACUUCAGUGUGUAUAACAGUAUCCACAUUAUCAUGGACGUACCACCUGUAUCUCCAGACACUUCAGACUAAGCUUAUAUAUCACAACAAAACUCGUUCUUUUAAAAUACUAUACAGAUUAUUAUGCUGGGUGCUGGAGCAAAAUUACAUAUUUUUAUAGAUAAAGCAGAUCUAUUUAUGUGAGACAAUAAAUUGUAAUACAGCAACAAAUACAUGAUAUUUUAUGUUGCCACAUUUUGCUUUGGAAUAGAUUAUGAGUCUAGACUGGACUGAGAAUCCACACAAUAUUUACUGAGUUAAAAAUACAUCUAAUGUAUUUAUUAUAUUAAAGUAAACAAAAAAAAUAGAAUUUCAUAUAAAAUAUAUGCAUAUAAUCCUGUUGUUAGACAACUGAAAAUGUAAAAGAUUUCUAUAGAGACAAGAAUAAAAUAUCUCUCAUUUCUGUCCAGAAUGAGAUAGAUUGCCUCUAGCAAUGAGCAGAAAAUAAGUUCUAUUGGAACUCAAUACAUGUGUUGAUCAUUCAUUCCAUAUUUGUCAGCUGCUCCAUGACAUGAUUUGGUGGUAUGACACAGUGAUUAAUUACUACCCUAUAAUUAAAAAAAUGUUAAAA